UCAAACAAAAAAUGUUAAGAUGUGUACAUGGUUUUGAGUGAUGUUGUAGUUAUGAAGGUUUUGACGCAAUCUUGCUGAAAAUCAAGAGUGAAAGUAGAAGUCUCGUGUUUUCUCGCGCGAACUGAAAGAAUCUGAGAUGGCGGAGUUUCAGUGGCCGUGGCAGUACAACUUUCCUCCGUUUUUCACCAUACAGCCCAACAAGGACACCCAGGCUAAACAGCUGGAGGCGUGGUGUUUGCUGGUACUAUCUUACUGCAGACACAGGAGGCAGUACAGCCUAGACGUCACAGAUGCACAGGACAGUCCACUCUUCCAUAACAAAAAGAUAGACAGAAAAUUGCCUUUAGAUGCAGUCUACACUGUACUAGAAGAACUCAGGAAAAAAGGUAAUAUAGAAUGGACUGACCCAAAGAAAAGAAACAGAUGUCUCAUCAUGUGGAGAACACCUGAGGAGUGGGGGAAGAUCAUCUACCAAUGGGUGACAUCCAAUGGUAUGAACAACACUGUAUGUACAACAUAUGAACUGGUGAAUGGGGACGACACAACAAGUCAAGAAUUCCAUGGAAUGGAAUCCUGGCUGCUGACAAGGGCUCUACAAACAUUACAACUAGAAAGAAAGGCAGAACUUAUGGGCAGCGAGGGGGUGAAGUUCUUCUAAAUCAUCAGGCCUCCCAUAUAGUUGUGAUGUAUAGGAUUUAUUGUGUAAAGAUGAUUUCAGGCAGCCUGAAAAUUUGGUGAAAAAUAAAAAGUUUUCUUCAUUCUUUAAUAUCAUGUAACACAAUCUUGUGGUUUCAAUAUAUUUGUAGAAUAUGGAAAGUAUGAAAGCUUUAGACUAAGGUACAAAUGUGGGGUACAAUAUAAAUACUGGUACUAUUACAAUCUUUUGUUAGGUUUUAUAUGUGUACAGGGCUAUCAGUUGUUGCUAGCUGCUAUAUUUGUAUGUGUGUGUGUUUCAUUAGAUAAAUGUCCGUAAGUUGGAAGCUGUGAUGAUAUGUGUGUGUACAGUGAGCUUAAUUUUCAUUGUCAUCUUAAUUACAGCCACAUGGAAGUAAGGGCUGCGUUAUGUUCUCAGGCCUUCCAAGAUGUGAUUUUAUGACUGUCGCUAGGCUUGAACAGAUUGAUUUAAGCAAUGCUUACAUCUAGAUAUGUAAAGGAUAGGUGUGACAGGUCGUUCAGUGUAACAUAGCCAGCUACUGUCACGCUGCGUACAUGCAAAGCUGGUGUGUUAUGCAGAAGGUCAGUUAUAUAGAAUCUGAAACAGAACUACUAAACUGAGCAAUCCAUAAAACAGUAGACUGUUUAAAACUAUGGUGUGUAAUACAUAGAAAUACCAGUGAACUGUAUGUUUAAACUACAGUUGUAUAUACCAGUGGACUGUAAGAUUAAAACUACAGUUAUGUAGACACUGAGGUAAUAGAGAUAUAUACAUCAAUGUAAUACACUUCUACACUGUACUGUUUGCUGUUAUACACAGUAUUUACAAAAUGUACCAACUUGUGGGAUAUGUUAUAUAUGCUACCAAGUGUUCCUUGUCUCUUAGCACAGCACUCACUCAUUAUCAAAUGUAAAUUAAACAUAUUUUAACAA